AAAAUUUUUUUUUUUUUCUUUUAAAUAUUUCCAAAAAAAACUACGCUUCAUUGAAAACUUCCAUGUUUCGUUUAACAUAUUCAUUUAGGUCACUUUCAAAAUCUCCGAAUUUAUUAAAAUUACGUUACCCAAUUCUCAAAUUUUAUACCAUGGAACCUACUACUUCUGCUUCCAAACAUAAACUUUCGGGUGAAGAACCUACAACUAAGAGAAUAAAGGUUUCACCCCAUGAAUGUGACACUUGUUAUAAAUGUUUAAACGAAAAAUUUUGCAAGUCAUGCUUUGAGCAUCAUUAUGAAAAAACUCAAAAAGAUUUUUCUAGUGGGAAUGAAACACUUGACAACCUCGUUAAGUAUAUCAGAUAUUCUGAAGAUGAUAAUAUUUCCUUUCUUCAAUGGAUACCUUUUGACCGUUUGAAGGAUGUUACUUAUUUGACAAAAGGUGGUGGUGGAACAACUUCUACAGCCACUUGGUUAGAUGGAAAAUACGUAAGAUGGAGUCAUGACGAAAAACGUUGGAUAAGAACUGGUGAGACAAGAGUAGCUAUCAAAACUUUAAAAGAUUCCCAGAGCAAACUUGAUGAUUAUGUUGCCGGGCUUGACGAAUAUUUCAAAUGUGCAAGUCAAUAUCAUAUAACCUACUAUGGAAUUUCACAAGAAACAGCUACAAGUGAUUAUUCAAUUAUAAUGGAAUAUGCCGACCCGGGUGAUCUCCGCCAAUUUUUGGCAGCCAACAAGUUCAAGCUUUACUGGCGUCGCAAAUUAGAACUUAUAAGAGAUGUAAUUUCUGGCCUUGAAAUCAUUCAUGAUUCUGGUAUAACUCAUCGCAAUUUACACACUGGCAACAUUCUCAAAGUCAAAAACGUCUUUGUAAAUGCUCGUAUAAAUGAUCUUGGUUUAUAUACUCCAAAUAUCGCGUCGGGUGAGAUUCAAGGUACUUUACCAUACAUGGCGCCUGAAAUUUUACGAGGUCAAUCAUACACCCAAGCUUCGGACAUAUACAGUUUCGCCAUGAUUCUAUGGGAAAUUUCAUGUGGUAGUCGACCUUUCGCUGAUCGUUCUCAUGAUACUUCACUUGUCGUGGAUAUUCAUAAUGGUGUGCGUCCCAUCAUUCCAGAAACAGCUGCUAGUGAAAUCCCAGAAUGUUUCAGCACGUUAGUGAAUCAGUGUUGGGAUGAUGAUCCUAAACAACGUCCAACUGCCAGUCAGAUUAAAGAGAAGAUCUAUGAAUGGUUAUUAGUGCUUGGUUGGUUUCCAACUUCUAGUAGUAGGGAACAUUCUGAAACAUCGCAAUUUGAAGCAGCAGAUGACGCCAAAAACAAGAAUGACAAGAGUUAUAGCGGCGCUAUAUAUAGUCAAACUAUCACUCCACAGACUCCUGUUUAUACUAGUCGGAAAUUCAAACGUCAUGAGAUCACACCUGAAAUUGCUGGAGGCUCUGCAAGUAUUAGUCUCUUUAUACCUGAAGAACCAGAAGAAUCUGAAGAACUUGAAGAACUUGAAGAAGCUGAGGAACCUGAAGAACUCGAAGAAUCUAAAGAGUUUGAAGAACCCGAAGAUGAUAAGGACAAUCAAUAAUUUUGUAAUUUCCAGUACCUUUAAAUUUAUCAUCAACUUGUAAAAUUAUAAAUUAUAAACAAACAAUACUAGAUAAUAAUUUUUUUUUUUAUAAAGAUAUGAUUUGUUUUAUUUAAUGUUAACAUAUAAAGAC